GUGAUUUGGUUUUGGGUUACCUACGAAAAACUAAUACAAAUAUAAAGAAAUGUACACAGAAGUUGAUGUAUUCGUUAGUAAUUAUACACUAAUAGAUCCUGAAAUAUACCAGCUGUGGAUUGAAGGCUGUUCUUCUAGUGAAGCUGUAUCCACGCUCCAUCAGCGAGGGUUUGCCAAGCAGCAUGGAGCGACCGUUGAGCUCAUUGCCAGCGAUGUAUUGGAUCAUUACAGAACAUUCGCCCUUCUCGAGCGUCUCCUUACCGUGCCAUCAAAAUUGUCGGAGCAAAUGAUAUUCCAGAUCGAUGAUGCAACCAAACAGAUGCUUAUUGAGAAAUACUAUGAACUGGAUGAUGCAGUUAUCAGAGAGCUGCUCGGUAGGAAGCUGUCUUCUCGACACAGAAAGGAUUUGGAUGAGGUAGCUGAGCGGUCUGGCGCCCCCCUCCGUUGUUGCCGGCGACAAUUCGACAACGUCCGUCGCGUCUUCAAGGCCGUCGAGGAGAUGCCUGGCAACGUCGUAGCCAACAUCCGAGCUACGUUCCUCCUGUCUGAACCGCUUGCUAAGAAAUACGGCGCAGUUGUAUUUAUAGCCUGCAUGCGGUUUGAAACGGCCAAGCGAAAACUAACUUAUUUGACCUUCAACGAUUUCUAUCAUUGUGCUCAGGCUAUAAUGUCUAGCUGGACGUACAGCUGUACCGGACCGGAGUACUAUGAUACUGAAAUGGAUCGAGAGUUCCUCCUGGAACUGAGGGAACUCCGGAUCCUCCUCGACAAGGAGAAGGAGCAUAAGCAUUUAAUCUGCAUGCGUCUUCGGCCGAAGUUAUUGGAGAAGUCUUAUCAAGAGCUCGAACUGAAUUUCAGACUAUACACACGCGCGUUGGUCGGCCUUGCUUGCAACCUGCAUCGCGGUAGAGAAUUGAGGUCCUUGUUCAUCGACCUUUUAGAGAGAUGUGUGGAGCCUCUCAGGUUGGGAUCUUGGCCGAAGACAGAUCUUGCGCAAUUUCUUUGCGCAUACGAACAAUGUGCGCUACAAAUGGACGUCUUAAGAGAAGCCGAUCUGAAGAGCGUUUGGGAGCGAUAUAUGAGGGUCAUAAGUCAAUGUCUUUUAACCAUGUAUCAUAUUUAGUUUUUAAUGUAAUAUCGCGUCUUCUUAAUAAUAAUAAGUCUUGGGCAGACCGUAUACUUGUACCUACCAAGUCUCUUUAAGAGUCUUAACGUGAACGCGUAAGUUUAAGUUACGCAAUCAGUGUGUCGUGUCUAAGCCAAUACGGUAGUUUCCAACUAGUCAAAUUCAAUA